AUGGCAUACUUCCAAGUCGCCUUCCUCAUGUUCGUAGCUUUGCUUGUGGUCUGGCUACCCAGCAGCAUCAACCGCAUGUACCAAUUCACGCACAGAAACCGCUCGAGCUUCGCUCUCAACAUCAUCUCCGCAAUUGUACUUCCGCUUCAAGGAGCCUGGAACGCAACCAUCUACAUCUUUACAACCCGCUCCGAGUGUAGAAGAGCUUGGGGUACGGUCAAAUCCAAGCUGACUGGCAGCCCAUUACAACAUCAUCUGCGACGAGAUGCCUAUCGCAAGGAAACGAUGACGAGCUCUCGCGACACGCAGGACUCUGGUACUGAGAUCGCGCUAGAUGAUUUCCACAAGCACGACGUCCAUGUGUCGAAUGGCCAAGCCACUGAGGAAGGCAAAGCUCAGCGUCGUCCAGAGCCGUGGUGA